AUGGAGCUAGAGGAUAGUGAAGGAGUUAAUUUUAAAACCAAGAUUAAUAAAUUGGUUUUGAAUCAGUCGAAGAUGUUCAAUGAGUUUGCUGCUAUCAAGACAUUCAUAGAGACUGAAUUCUUUGAUGUCAAGAAUCAAUUGGUUGAAUUGAAAAGUCUAAUCACUGCGGCUGCUCGUCGAGAUACUGUCGAGGUGGAUGCUCGUGGUCUUGUUUCUUCUUCAGAAGAAACUGUUAGUGAACAUUCGAUGAGAGUGAAUCAAGAAAGCAUUGAUAACAAGGGUGAUGAGAAUGAGCAGAAUAAGAAAGUGGAAAGUAAUGCGAACGAUCCUACUGACAUACCGAAAAGCGAUGACGUCGGUGAUUCUAAGGAUCAUAUGAAUGACCAUACUGAUGACAGCGAUGAUAGCGGCAGUGAGGAUAAGGUUGAUCCGAAUGAGACUCGCGAUAGAGAGGAAAGUGAUGAUAGCGAAAAUAGUGAUGAUGACAUGACAGAUGAUAAGAGUGAAAGAGAUGACAGAGCAGGUGAUAUAAAAAAGGAUGAUGAGAGAAGGGAUGGCUCAAGCUAUGGGAAUGCAGUUGACGAGAGGUUCAAUUAUGCGUACAAAGAUCGUGAGGAUGGUGAAAGUUCUGAAAAGAAAGUUGAUGAGGGUAAUGAUGUAUCAAAAGAGAAUGAAAAAGUUAGACAACGUAGCAAAAAGGCUGAUUCUGUUGAUAGUCGUCCUACUUUCAAUCUUCUAGAAUCAAGUACUCAAGGGACUCCUAGUACAUUUGAUUCAGUUGAAAUAAUGGGUCUUACCAAAGCUGUUGAUCUUGCUGAAAUAGAAGCCGGUCUUGUUUCUAAUGUUAAUGUCGUUGAUUCUUUUUUUGAAAAGAAAGUUGAUGAGGGGAUUAAUGUGAUGCAAAAGGGUGAAAAUGAUAUCAAAGAUAGCGAAAAGGUUGAUUUAGUUGAUAGUCGUCCUACUCUCAAUACUUUUGAAGCAAGUACACAAGGGACUUCUAGUACAUUUGACGCAGUUGAAAUACGUGCUAUCGAUAAAGCUGAAAGAGACGCUAUCAAUAAAGCUCAAAUAGACGCUGUUGAUAAAGCUGAAAGAGACGCUGGUCUUCUUGGCAAGGUUUAUGAAGUUGAUGAGGGAUUAGAGUAUGAUUCUAUAUUUGAUGAAGCUUGUCUCAAUGAUCUUGCUUAUGUUUGUGAUCGUAUUGAAAAACAAGCUGCUGAUCGUAUUGAACAACAAGCUGCUGAUCAAGUUGCAAAAGAAGCUUCCGCUGGUCAAGUUGCAAAAGAAGCUUCUGAGUUGCAGAAGGCGUCUUUGAAAGAAAUUACUGUGUAUCGAGGCAGUCCAUCAGAGCAAAUUUCAAAGAUUGCCUCUGAGUUCAAAAUUCCUUAUGCAAAGCCACUAGCAUUUAUCAAGGCUAAAGAGAACGUAAAAUGUGUGAAGAAACUGAAUCCUCUUGACGACAAUGUUGAUGGAGAUAUCCAAUGUGCAGAACUACAAGAUUUUGUUGAUUGGAUUCAGUGUGGCCUGAGGCCUGAUCUUAAGAAAAAGUUUUAUCUAGAUAAUGACAACAUGAUUCGACCAAGAAUGGAUUUUGGAGUGGAACAUAUUUGGAAAAAAUCAUGGUUUUAUACGAUUAAGUGUAGUGGUCAAUUUUUGACGUCAUCUAUAAGUAUUUUUUACUUGUUUUAUUAUUGUCAUAUCAAUGUGGUUAUGUAUUACAUCCGCAAGAAAGCAAAGUAUAAGCUGUUAGAUGGUUUGCGAAUUACCACAACUGACUGCCUGUUUGACGAUAGAAUGUGUGCAACGUAUGUGGCAUAUACAAAAAAGAAGAAGCAUGAUGUAUCUACUGUCAGUGAGCGUGGUACUGUAGCUGAUUUUAUUCGUGGAGAUAAGGUUCUUUGCAAUACUCAUUGGAAGGACGUGGAUGAGGUUCUUUUUCCCAUACACGUGAACAGUCAGAAACAUUGGAUUUUGGGACGUUUGGUCUUUAAAGAGAGAUGCAUAUAUGUCUAUAAUUCCAUGCAAUCAGCUUUGUCGAGGGCUCUUGGAAUCGAAGCAGCCACGAAAUAUUCAGUUCUCAUUCCUCUGUUUUUAACUCGUAUGAAUAUUUAUCAAAUGAGGAGCGACAUUGAUUUCAACUCUCCUGCUUAUCAGAAUAAGGAUUUUUGUGAUCCUUUCAAUAUUGUAUCUGUUUCCAGCCUUCCAGAGCAACAAGAAACUGAUUGUGGAGUGUUCACUCUCGCGUUUGCAGAGCAUUUGAUUCAUAAUAAACCUAUUCCGUUGACUCUGGAUAUUAAUCGCUAUCGGAUGCGUCUCUCAUAUCUGUUGUACCGAUAUGGCAUGAUGAAGAAUGCAGAAAAUAUUGUUAGUGAUGAAGAGAUUGAAUCGAAGAAGAACGAUGAAAAAGCAACAAAAAAAGGGAAGAAAAAGGUGUCAGAUUAGUAAAUGUUUAGUAUAGUAUGGAUUUUUAAUGGUAUGUUUGAAUCAGUAAAAGUUUAGUAUAGCAUGGAUUUUAGUUAAACUAGUGUUUUUGGAUUAU